CCUCUCUAAGGGCCGCGAGGCAGAGAGAGCGAGGGAGCGUUACGACAAAGCCACGUCGAGGCUCCAUAACCUCCACAACGUGUACGUGCUAGCCGUGUGCGGCGCUCGCUCCCAGCAGGAAGAGCAUCAGCGCCGCGCUGCUCCUGCUCUGUUGGACGCUCUGCAGAGGAUGCAGGAGGACAUGACCAGAGCUCUUAAGAGUAUUCUGCAGGAGUACUGUGAGAUCAGCAGUCUUCUGACGGAGGAGAUAGUGAAGGUUCAUCAGGAGAUUUCAGCGUCGGUGGAUCAGAUCGAUCCUCUGUCGGAGUACGAACACUUCAUCGAGUCCUACAGGUCUCCAGAGACCCCCGAGGCCAGCGUGGAGUUCGACGCGUCCCUUUUGGACGAGACGGACAACCUGCCGGCCAAUGAGAUCCUCUGGAACACGCUGACCGCAGACAGCCUGCAGGCCAUGUUGUCGUCGGCGACGGACGAGCUGUCGCUGACUCAGCAGAAUCUGAGGACCAAGGAGGCGCUCGCUGAUGACCUGGAUGCUAAAAUCCAGACCAGCGAGCAGAGCUCAGAGAAGAAGAGCGACUGUGUUUUGCUGCUCAGUCAGAAACUGUCCCUGCUGGAGCUUCAUCACGUCGUCCAAUCACUGCAGAGCUCUGAAACUCGACUCGCCUCCCAGAAGGCUUUGCUGGACGCCAAGAUGGCCGCCGCCACCUCGCCGCCCCCACCACCUCCUGCCCCCGCCCCCCCCUACGAGGACGAUACUCGCUCUCUGGGAUCCACUGUAAACACACACACACACACACACACCCACGCACUCACACACAUAUACAGCAGGGUUGCCAACUUUGGGUACCUGGCUGGAGUGAGAUUUUGAUAUCAUGGGUUUAAUUGCACAUUUGCGUUGCUUUGCGUUAGUUGAUCUAGGAGAAGACACAGUUAGUUUGUUUAUGUUUGACAGUUUCUGCAGAGGUGUCAGACUCUUCAUUUUUAUGUAUUAUGUUUGUUUUUCAUAUCUUUUGGGUAGUUUUAUAUUUGUGUUGGUCGUUUAGCAUUGCUUUGUUGACAUGUUGCAUCUGCUGUUAGUAAUUGCACAUAUGCGCAAUAAAUGACUGCUAUCGUGUCAGCAACGGGACUUUAGCACAUAUAGGAUAUAUA